UACCCUUUGUCGUUUCCAAACGACACGCGGCGCUAUCUCGAUCGUUCCUGUCCGAAUGGACUUUUUUGGUCGGAGAACGCGAGUCCAACUCGGUCCCCAAACUUCCUCAAAACGCAACGUGAAUAAAUUGGAUUUUCCACCGAUUUCGAGAACCGAAUGAAGAAAGUCAGGUUGAUCGGUUGAUUGAAAACCAGGGAAUCAAUCGAUCGAAGAGAAGAACAGAAAGAGAAUCGAAGGGAUCGGGAGGGAUGGGGAGGCUGUUCAUAGAGACGCUGAGUGGGGCCAGGAUCUUCAAGUGCAAAUGUUGCAAGGUCGACUCGGCCUCCCACGACGACAUCGUUUCAAAGGACUUUCACGGUCGUUUUGGGCGUGCUUAUCUCUUCCGCAAUGCGGUAAAUAUUAGCCUGGGGCCGACGGAAGAGCGAAUGUUGUCGACCGGAUUGCACACAGUCACUGACAUUUACUGUAGCUCUUGCCAGCAAAUUCUGGGUUGGAAAUACGAGAAGGCUUUUGAGGAGAGCCAAAAGUAUAAAGAAGGAAUGUUCAUUCUUGAAAAGGAACGGAUGUUCAAGGAGGGCUGGUGAUAAUGCCCUUGGAACAACAACAAGAAGAAGAUAUUUCAGAUUGUCCUAGUAGAUAUACUCUCGUUGAUGGUGAAGGUUAUCAUGCUUGCAGCUCACGUUACCACUCAACUGAAGACCAUCUUUUGAAUAUUUUCCUUUUUCGAUACCAUCAUUUUACUUAUACAAUGUCUUACCAUGCUAGUUUUCGUGCAUUGUGUUUGCUGACAUCAUUGAGUUCUCGGUGGUAUUGUUCUUUUUCUCUUUUUGCUUGGAAAAUGUUUUGGUAGUAUAGAUUUUGACAACUUGGAUUGAAUGAACUCUUUACACUAAACAGUUUUUCCUCUGAA